AUGGCAGUGGAUGUUGGGAGAGAGCCCGUUAAUGAUGAUGCAAUAUGUCAUAUUUUGAGACUGAGAGAUAAGCUGGGAUGGCAGACAUUUUUACCACCAGGUGGAUUAGUAUCCCAGCCAACAAAAUUAGAUGAUGUUCCGACAUGUCCGAAUCUUCCAGCCCAUCAAGAUGAUGGAGAAUAUGUAUAUUGUCUCAGAAGAAGUAGGGAGGACCCUAAAGCACCAAAUAAUCCAUAUGACCUUCAAGUAGUAUCUGCAUAUACAGCUAGACAUAGUAACGAAUAUUGGACAAUUACAGCUUCAUAUGUGUCCAAGUUUACCUCAGUGCAUGGAGCAGAGGAAAUGGAAAUAACACCCGUAAUCGAAUGGUUAUAUGAAAGGGAACUUUAUUAUGCAUUAUGUAGAUUCAGUAUCUAUAUUAAUUUCAGAACAGUGAUGUAUGAACAGCUAUUUUUUGCUGAUGAGACAUUUCAAAGCUGCUUGCUUUAUAUUCAAGGGUUGUGCAAUGAUGCAACUAACACCAGGACUUAUAAAUCUCUUGAAGUCAAAGCUAUUCAUUUGAUAAAGAUAGACACAAAUCACACAUAUACUUUGAAUGAAUUUUGUGAGAAACAGUAUCAACAAAGCAAACAAGCGCACAGUCAGCUCCAGGAAUUUAAAGGGAAAGUAAUUAAAGCAAUUCAAAGCACAUUUUUAAAGGUAGCAGAAAUGAAGGGAGCAGGAAGGCUUUUUCAUCAUUCCCAAGAUGAUGCCAGAGAGAAACCAAAAUAUUAUGAGAUAGCUGAAUGGCGGCAUGUAAUACAUCACUUUUGUAGGUUUCUUCAGCUUGUGGACAGGAUGUUUCAAGAACUGCUUCGGAAACUUGUGCACAAUGCUUUAGAUCUCCUUGUGGAGAUAUUUAAAGGUUCUAACGUUGUGACAACUUCAAAAGAGAAGAGGAAUGAAGAUCUUAUAAGAUUAUAUAGGAAGACGAUAGAACGAGCACUUUCUUCAUCCCGUAUAGAAAGCAGACAUCAGAGGAUAUUUCAACAACAUUCUGCAGAGGUAGUUCAAGGACCCUUGUUCCAUUCAAAGGAACCUGUAACACAAUGUGAACUCAUCACUAUCAGAGAUAUAGAUAAGUUACUGGAAGAUGUGAGAAGACAACUGAAAAGAGAGGAAGACUAUUCACCACUGUUCGAAGUAACUUUGUGCCUGAGAAUUCCUUUUGAAAAGGAUCAUCAUAGGAAAAGUUAUCAAGAGAAUAGUCCAGAAUCUUUUAUGACCCAGGAUUAUCAUAUUCCAGAAACCUCACCAGAAUCAUUGAAUGGAAUGUUUGGAUGUGCUGAUAAAGAAAAUGAUAUUACACCAAAGUUGUAUACAUCCAGCAAUCAGGAAACAAGUGUCACUUUGGAUCUAUAUCUAGUGCCUAAUAGAAAGGAGUUUUCAUUACAGCUACAAGGAAUUGUGGAUGGAUUAGAAAACUUCAUUGAUCAGGUUUUACCGUUUUCUCAAGAUGCUGAGCUGUCAAGUUUUGUCAGUCAGUGUUCACAUAAAGUGAUGUAUCCGUAUGAGGAUCGCAUUGAUUCUGAACAAAACCAGUAUUUAACAUCAUGGCCCAACAGUGAUCUAAUUCUAGGACUGGAUCCAGAUUACCAUAAAAAAAUUCUGACCCUUUUAUCUGUUCAAAGUAAUUCAUUGGCCCGAGUAGAAUGUUACAGCAAAAACUUUACGGACUACUGUGAAAUGGUGGAUAAAGCAAAAAAUACAACUGACAAGAUAACAGCACUGAAAAGAGAGCUGUCUACGUAUGAUUUCAGAAGCAUGUUGCAAAAUUAUACAGCUGAUACUAUGGAGAUUGUAUGCAUGAUUAUUGAAAGACGCAUCUAUAUGUUUAAGGUCAACAGUUUUAACUUUCAAGCUGAUUGCCUGCCAUAUUUUGAGGCUCUACUUAAUAUAAUUCAUUCAUGCUUUUAUGCAGUUAUUGAAGCAAAGAACGUACAUGUUGUAGAAGCCAUCCAGACUGCAGUAACAAAACUGAGCAAGGAACUUACAACAGUGGAUGGAUUUAUUGAUCACUUACUAUAUCUCAGUGAAAUUGUAGAACUACUACCAAAACUACAGGAAGACUGUAAUAAUCUGUCUGAAUUCUAUUAUAUUUCAAGAGACUAUGACAUCUUUCUUCCACUUCAGCAACUUGCUCUCUAUCAGACUGCUGUGCGUUCUCUUCAGCAUCUUCAAUCAGUUGUAAUCGUUUGUGAAAAAAUGAAGGAUGAAUAUGUUAUAAAGUUUAGUGAAGGCUUGGGAAAAUUUAUUGAUAAUCUGCAGGCUGAAAUUAGGGAAUUCAAAAACAAAGUGAGAAACCCUGUACUUCUUCUCAGUGAAACAUUGGUCAAGACAGCAAAAGAGAUGAUCGAAAGCCUCAUUGAAGAAGAUAAAGUUAUUUGUGAAAAAAUUGUAAAUUAUUCACAUUACCAGACUAUUUUGGACUCUUCUAUCACUGACAUGAAAUCAACGUCACUGGAGAGGCUUUCACAACAAAAUCAAACUAGAGAUCCUCAAAGAGUGAAUGCUGAGCUAUCUGAAAUUGAAAGUGAACUGGCAUUCCGUCAAUUAUUGUGGAAUUCACAGGAAGAAUGGGCCAAGCUUUUCUUUAGGUGGAAAAGCACUAUUUUUUGGAAUCUUGAUGUAGACAUUAUUCAAAAGGAAGUUAACAGAUUCAUGCACAUCGUAUAUAUUCUAGAAAAAGGCUUGCCCGAAAAUACUAUUUUACCUGCUCUGAAGACGUCAUUAUUGGAUUUUAAAGAAGUUUUGCCUGUUAUCAUAUCUUUAAGGAAUCCCUGUCUUCAGCCAAGGCAUUGGGAAGCCAUACAGAAUAUUGUUGAACAGCCAGUUUUUUGGGAUAAAAAAAUAACCCUGGAUAAGAUUCUGGAACUUAAUAUGCUUCAAUACAGAAAAGAAAUAAAUGAAGUAUCUGUAAUAGCUACCAAUGAAGUAACCCUUGAAGUAAUGCUGAAAAAGAUCGCUAGCCUUUGGUACAAAACUGAUUUUCAUUUGUCUACAUAUCACUCCGAAACAUCAACUACUUCAAUUAUUUCAUCUGCUGAAGAUAUAAUGGCUCUGUUAGACGAUUCUCAAGUGACAAUUUCAACAAUAAAAGGCUCUUCCUUUGUUGGACCAAUUAAGGUAUUUGUGGAUGCCUGGAAUCAUAAGCUGAACCUCUUUUCUUCCACCAUGGGGGAAUGGUUGGCUUGUCAAAGGAAUUGGAUUUACCUUGAGCCAAUCUUUCAUGCUGCAGAAAUAAAAAGGCAGCUUCCAGCAGAGGCUAAUCUUUUUUCUCAAGUGGAUAAUAAAUGGAAAGAGAUAAUGAAGCGUACAGAAGAGAAUCCAAAUGCCCUUAGGGCAGCUACAACUGUCGGAGUUUUUGAAAUGUUGCAGACCAACAAUGCUCAGCUGGAGAAAAUACAGAAAUCUCUUGAGGGUUAUCUUGAAGCUAAACGUAUGGUUUUCCCAAGAUUUUAUUUUCUCAGUAAUGCUGAACUGCUUGAAAUAUUAUCUGAAAGAAAAACGUCUGAUGCAGUGCAGCCUCACCUUGUGAAAUGUUUUGCUAAUAUAAAGAAAUUAUGCAUACGCACUCAAGAACAGAGACCUCCAGUGGUUUUAAUGAUCAAGUCUGCCGAAGGGGAAAUGCUUCUAGUACCAAAAGCUGUUCGUGUUAGAGGUCCUGUUGAGCAGUGGCUAGGAAAUAUUGAAAGUACCAUGUGUGAUAUGAUAAAAAAAUUUAUAUCUCUUGGAAUUAAAGAAUGGAGUCAGAUGGAAUUGAAAGAAUGGUUUUUUACUCAUCCGGGACAGGUGAUUCUACUUGUGAGUCAAAUAAUGUUUAUGGAGCAAUGUGAAACAAAUUUUCAAAAUUCUGAUCCAAAGACGGAGAUGAUUGCAAGCCGUGAUGAAGUGAUCUACAUUCUAGAUCAAUUUACAGAGUUAGCAUCAGAGAGUCUUCACUUUCACAAGCAAACCACAUUGGAGGCACUGGUUACUUUGUUCAUCCACUGCAGGGAUAUACUAACUACGAUGAUAGAACACCAGGUCUUUAAAAGUGAAGAUUUUGAAUGGAAAAGGCAGUUACGUUAUGAAUGGCAUGAACUUAGCCCUUGUAGGGUUACUCAGGGUUAUGCAUCCUUUGAUUAUGGUUAUGAAUAUUUGGGCUGCUCUUCGCGAUUGGUUAUUACCCCUCUCACAGAUCGAUGCUGGUUAACCCUCACUGGAGCUCUACAGUUGAACCUGGGAGGCUGUCCUGCUGGUCCAGCUGGUACAGGAAAAACAGAAACUAUCAAAGAUCUAUCAAAAGCCCUGGGAAAACUCUGCCUGGUCUUUAACUGUUCUGAAGGUUUGGAUGAUAAGGUGAUGGGAAAAUUUUUCUGUGGAUUGGUGCAGUCUGGUGCAUGGGGUUGUUUUGAUGAAUUCAAUCGGAUUGAUAUAGAAGUUCUUUCUACAAUUGCAUCACAGAUUCAAGCAAUCAAGGCAGCCAAAGACAGCCUCGCUGUCAGAUUUGUUCUGGAAGGGAAGGAAAUGCGGCUAAAACCAUUCUGUGGAAUCUUUAUUACCAUGAAUCCAGGAUACAAAGGUCGUGUGGAACUCCCAGACAACUUAAAAUCAUUAUUUCGGCCUGUCUCAAUGAUGAUACCGGACUAUAAACUCAUUGCUGAAAUAAUGCUGUUUUCAGAAGGUUUCAGAUCAGCAAAAUCACUCUCUGGGAAGAUAGUAAAUCUUUACCAGCUUUGUAGCAAGCAACUGUCACAGCAGGAUCAUUAUGAUUUUGGCAUGAGAGCCAUAAAAGUUGCUUUAAUAAGGGCUGGUCAGAAGAUACAAGAAAACAGUAAUGCAAGGUUUUCAGAGGCAGAAGAAACUCUUAUCAUAAUCAGUGUGCUGAAAGAAACAAAUUUACCAAAAUUCCUUGUUGAAGAUGUUUCACUAUUUGAGGACAUUUUGACAGAUCUGUUUCCAGGAAUGAAUGUUCCAAAACUAAAUCCACUGCGACUAGAGAACGCAAUAUCUGUUGCAAUACAGCAGUUGUCUUUGCAGCCCUGGGCAAGUCAGAUAGAGAAGGUUCUGCAGUUUUACAACCAAAUUAUGGCUCACGUUGGCGUGAUGCUAGUAGGCCCUACAGGUGGAGGGAAGACUACCAUUAGAAUGAUUUUGGAAAGAGCCUUGAUAAUCUUACCAUUACUAGAUUUGGAAUCUGCUUUCUCUCAAGGCAAAGUAGAGACUUUUGUUAUAAACCCAAAGAGUGUCAGUCUUGGUGAACUUUUUGGACAGAUAGAUCCUACCACAACGGAGUGGUCAGAUGGACUUUUAGCAUCCGCAGUACGAGCAUUUGUCAAUGAAUCUUUUAUUGAUUGGCAGUGGGUUAUCUUGGAUGGCCCAGUAGACCCAAUGUGGAUAGAAAACUUAAAUUCUGCAUUAGAUGACUCCAGAACAUUGUGCCUUGCUAACAGUGAACGAAUCUACUUAUCACCAGGAAUGAGAAUGGUAUUUGAAGUGGACAGCCUCUCUCAAGCUAGCCCUGCUACUGUUAGUAGAUGUGCCAUGAUUUAUGUGGACCCAGUUGAUCUGGGAUGGGAGCCAUAUGUCAAGACAUGGUUAGAAAGCGUUUCUGCAGUAAUAUCAGAAAAUGAUGUUGAGUACCUUGGAAGUUUGUUUUAUUUAAGCAUGAAAAGAGGGCUAGAGUUUUUGGAUAACAAUAAGAAAAUGCAAAUAUUUCCUGUACAUCAGAUGGGCAUUGCGGUGAAUCUUUGCAGAAUUCUUGGUUCAUUUAUUAACAUAAUCAAAGCAACAUUCUCUGGAAUGGAACUAUCAAAGAAAAGCAGAGAGCAGUCAUGGUUUUGGCAGAAGCAACCAAGUAAACUAUUUGUAUUAUUAGGAAAACUUUUCAUAUUUGCAUUUACUUGGGCCUUUGGAGGAAUUUUAAGGCGAGAAGAUGAACAUGAGGGUGAAACUCUAAUUGGUAUAAACACUACCAAUGUUGAUCUUGCAAAUCUGACUCGUGACUUCAAUUUCCUCGUUCGUGAUAUAUUUGAAAAUCAGCCCCCUGCUAAUAUUCAGUUUCCAUCAGGAGACAGAACUGCUUUUGAUUACUUUGUAGAUCUGCAAACAGGAGAGUUUGUAACAUGGGGAGAAAUAGUUCCCUCUACACAAUAUCUUAUUCAGCAGGAGACAGCAGAUCAUUCGGAUUCAUCUAAUUCUGAUCCUAAAACGGAUGGAAAUCAAGAAACAAAGCCAGCACCCCUUGCAUUUAUUCCCAAUAUUGAUACGAUUCGGUACACUUUCUUAACAAGUCUUCUUUUAGUGAAUAAACAUCCAGUACUCAUUAUAGGUGACUCCGGUAGUGGAAAGACUGCUAUGAUUCACAACAUGCUUGGAAGACUUCAGAAACAAGGAGGAUUGCACAUAAAAAUGGGAACAAUUUUAGGAGAGGUCUUUUUUCACAGUGAAACUAAAAGAGCAAGCUUUGCAAAGAAUUUUGGUGAUCAGCUUCGCAGCCCUUUGAAAUCACGGACCUCAAUGAAAGACACAGAUUCAGCUGUGAACUUAAAAGGGAUGCCUGAUCCAGAUAACCCACAUCCAGAACAUACAAAAGAUGCUGUAGUUAACAUACUACAAUUUAAUGCGCACACCAGUGCUGCUCAAACACAGGCUUUGAUUCUUCAGAAACUAGUACUGAAAAGUAAAGAUGUCCUUGGUGCUCUACGAUCAAAACAGGUGUUAGCAUUUAUUGAUGAUCUGGAUGUGCCAAUACCAGAGGAGUAUGGGGCCCAGCCACCACUUGAGCUCAUCCGACAGUUUCUGGAUUUAGGAGGAUUUUAUGACACCCGUCAGCUCGUAUGGAAGCGUGUCCAGGACAUGGUCUUGGUUGCAUCUUGUGCACCUUCAAGUGAAGGAAGAAAACAGAUCAGCUAUCGUCUUCUGACACAUUUUUGCAUGUUGACUUUACCUGCAACUUCCUUACAAUCUUUGCAGCGUAUUUUUAAGGUACGUCUGGAAACAUACUUUUAUAACAACCGGUUCUUGGUAGAGGUUCAGAAGUGCACCGACUUUUUAGCAUGCACCUCUAUUGCUGUGUACUACAAAAUGACUUGUGCGAUGCUUCCAACUCCCACCAAAUGCCAUUACACAUUUAACUUGCAAGACCUUUUUAAGGUACUCUGUGGAUUGCUGCAAGCCCACAAGUCUGUCAUUGUCUCAAAAGAAACUGCAGCAUUACUCCUUGUGCAUGAAUCAGCCCGGGUUUUCCAUGAUCGUCUCAUUGAACCUACAGAACGAGAGAUGUUUUAUCAGUUUCUAUCUACUGAGAUCAAUAACUAUUUUAAAAUAUUUUGGUCAAGGGAGAAAUUGAUGGAGGAUUCGCCUAUGUUUGUGGAUUUCCUAGAUCCAAACACACCUGUGGAAAACAGAAUCUAUAAACACGUUACUAACCAUAAGCGGCUUCUUAUGGUACUGGAAGAAUACCACCAUAAAACGCAGAAAAUGAAUUCUGAGAGUGCUUCCAUAGUGUUUUUUAAAGAGGUCAUACAGCAUAUAACACGGACUGCUAGAAUUUUUCGUCAAGAAGGUGGUCACAUGACAAUGGUUGGUCUGGAUGGAUCUGGGAAAUCUACCUGUGCAACCUUAGCCUGUUAUUUAUCCUCAUGUAGCCUGUUCAAGUUAUCUAUUUCCCAUAAUUACAAUCAUGUAAAUUUUAGAGAUGACCUUAAAAAUGUCUAUAAACAGGCAGGCCUGGAAGGCAAAAGGACUGUUCUUUUCAUCAGUGACUCAGACAUAAUUCAAGAGUCAUUUUUAGAAGACAUAAGUUGUAUUCUACACUCAGGACAAGUGCCUGAAUUAUUUCAGAAGGAGGAGUUGGAUAAUAUUAUUGUAACACUUACACCUGUUGCUGAAAAGGCUAACUACUCCAACAGUGUAGAAGAUAUCUACUCAUUAUUCUUGCAGAGAGUAUGUAGCAAUCUUCAUGUAGUUUUGAUAACAAGUUCUGCAGGACAGACAUUCCGUCAACACUGCCGUGCAUACCCUGCCAUUGUUAAUUGCUGUACAGUUGACUGGUAUGAAAAUUGGCCCGAAGAAGCCUUCUGCCAUGUUGCAAAAAGCUAUUUUACCGAUGGUUACACACUUCAAAAUGAGGUAACCUUGAAAAACUCGCUUGUUCCUGUGUGUGUAAACAUCCACAAAAAUGUAUGUAUCAUAAUGGAGAACUAUUUGAAGGAAACUAAAAGGCACUACUACAUCACUCCAAACAGUUACUUGCAAUUCAUAAAAACAUUUGCAAUCAUAUUUCAAUCAACAAAAGAGAAAACUCUAAGCGACAGAGCUUGCUAUCAUUCUGGUCUGACCAAAAUCUUAGAAGCCACCUCGCAGAUUACGGAAAUGCAAGAGGAGUUGCUUGUCCUUGGUCCUCAAACAGACAAAAAAGCAGAGGAAAUAGAAGAACUUGUGGAAAAGCUUCACAGAGAUUCAUUAGUAGUAGAGCAAGUUCGAACUCUUGUUAAACAGGAUGAAGAACUCAUGGCUGCAGAAACACACUUUGUAGAAGCAUAUGCUCAGCAUGUAAAAGAGGAGUUAAAUGCUGUGUUACCAUCUUUGGAGAAAGCUGUUGCUGCUCUUGAUGCACUUGACAAGAAUCACAUUGCAGAAAUUAGAGUGUAUACUCACCCUCCUCCACUUGUAUCAACUGUUAUGAAUGCAGUUUGUGUUCUUCUUGAAAAGAAACCUACUUGGGCAGCGGCAAAAUUACUCCUUGCAGACCCGGGAUUUCUCAAGAAGUUGACUACACUUGAUAAAGAUAAUCUGCCAGAAAAGGUGCUUUUACGGCUGAAAAAAUACAUAAAGUUACCUGACUUUAACCCAGCAAAAGUGGGACUUGUGUCUGUUGCCUGUUGCUCCAUCUGUCAAUGGAUUUUAUCAUUAGAUAAUUACCGUAUAGUAAAAAAGUUUAUAGACCCGAAACAAGCUAAGGUAACAGAAGCAGAGGAAGCAUUAAAGCUUGUGCAUGAAAAAUUGGCUGAAAAGCAAAGAGGUUUAGUCCUGAUUGAACAGCAUCAGAAAAAAUUAGAAGCAACAUAUGAACAAAGUAUUGCUGAACUAGAAAUACUAGCAGCUCGAAAAGAUCAGACAACACGGCGUUUACAAAGUGCAUCUGUACUAAGCAUAGCUCUGAAGGAUGAGAUGGAACGCUGGAAAGAAAUGGUUAAUAGCAUGGAUCAAAGACUUCAAGGAAUUGUGGGUGAUGCUGUUAUUUCAGCUGCGUGUAUUGUCUACAGUGGAGUGUUAACAGCAGAGUAUCGUCAGCAGCUAGUGAAUGUGUGUCUGAAACUCUGUAAUGGAAGCAAUAUUCCUGUAUCUUCAAAUUAUUCACUAGUAAACUGCAUGACAGAAAAAAUUGAGGUCCGUCAGUGGCAAAAUGAAGGAUUGCCACUUGAUCAGUAUUCCACAGAAAACGCUAUUCAUAUUAAACAUGGACAACGAUGGCCUUUACUAAUUGAUCCAGAAAGACAGGCUUAUAAAUGGAUAAGUCAAAUGGCAAAAGGCUGUUUACGACAACUUAGUGCUAAAGAUUCCACUUACUUAAGAACGCUUGAAAAUUCUAUACGUGUUGGUGAAUCAGUCAUUCUAGAGGAUAUUACUGAAACAUUGGAUUCAAAUAUGAAACUGAUCCUAGGAAAGGAGAUCUACAGUCAAGGAGGGCAAACAUUCAUCAGAAGUGGAGAGUAUGAAGUGGAGUACAAUGAAAACUUUAGACUAUACAUGACAACCCAGAAGGCUAACCCUCAUUUUCUACCAGCAAUAUGCAAAAUGGUGACAAUGAUAAAUUUCACCGUAACAUUCCAAGGUUUGCAAGAUCAGCUUUUGUCUGCAGUUCUUAUUCAUGAAAAACCAGAGCUUGAACAACAGCGUUGUGGGUUGUUGGAAAACAUAUCUGCUGACCUAGUUACCCUUCGGAAACUUGAACAAGAAUCACUUCGACUUCUACAAAAAACAGAUGGACAUAUUUUAGAUGACCAGGACCUCAUUAACAAUUUACAGAGAACAAAAAUCACUUCAACAGAGAUAUCUGAGCGUGUUGAAGCAUCAGCAAGAACAGAAAAUAUGAUAGAUACAAUACGUAAAAACUAUCUUCCUAUUGCAACUCGAGGGGCUGUGCUAUACUUUAUGAUAUCAGAUCUUGUCCACAUGAACUAUAUGUAUCAGUUUUCAUUGGUGUGGUUUCAUAAGAUCUUUGUAGAUUCCAUGGAUUAUGUUAGCAAACUAAAAAGUCAUAUUUCUCUGAGUGAUUCACAAAUUCCUAUAACUGGAACUGUUCGAGCCCUCUAUAGGCAAAGAAGGCAUUCCACCAUAGAAGAAUCGGAAGAAUGUGAAACAGAUAGCUUCAACCAACAUGUUAAUAAUAUACUAGACAAGUUAACAAGUAAUAUAUAUAAGACAGUUUCUUCAGCUCUUUUUAGUGAACAUCAGCUAUGCUUUUCUUUCUUGCUGUGUGCCGCAAUCAUGAAAAAUAAUUGUGGUGAAAAUCAACCUAGUAACAAUCUUGGAUUCAUACCAGAGAAUCAGUGGAACUUAUUUCUCUACUCUAGCAUGAUGGCAAAUAUUAAGGACACAAAGGACUCUGAGAAUGAUGGAUUUCUGGAAAGUCGUCCUCUCUGGAUUACAGAACUUAUGUGGAAAGAAUGCCAGUACAUGAGCACUCAUAUGCCAACAUUCAACCUAUUGUGUAAUUCCCUUUUAUCAGAUUCUCACCAAUGGAACGCUUUUCUAAAUAGUCAGAAUAUAUAUCAUUUCCUUAGUAGAUGUUAUAGCCCAGUUUCCUCAGCAAAGCAAGGUUUGCAGUUUGGUGUUCCAAAAGAAAAUUAUGAUGAAGAUCAUGCAUCUUCAGAUUUUCCUUGGGAGAAUCUUUCUUCAUUCGAAAGACUUAUCUUGAUAAAAGUUCUCCGACCAGAAUGCUUAAGCAGUGCAGUACGAGAAUUUGUAUUUGAGAAACUAGGAUCUAACUAUCUUCAGGCUGGAGGCAUUAAUCUGAAAGAAAUGUAUGAAGAAUCUGACAGUACAACUCCACUAAUUCUUAUCCAUACUCGAGGAGUGGAUGCUGCGGCUCUCCUCGUACGCCUUGCUCAGGAAAUAAAAGGAAACACUCAGCAUGUAAAAAUGAUAUCUUUGGGACGUAGUCAAGAAAGCAAAGCUGAAGAAUUGAUAUAUAAAGCACAGAUAAAUGGACAGUGGGCAUUCCUUCAGAAUUGUCAUCUUGCAGCAUCAUUUAUGCCGAGGCUUUGCUCAAUUGUUGAUUUGUUUACCAAAACAAAAACAAAUGUCAACCCUCAGUUUAGAUUAUGGUUAAGUUCAACACCAGAUCCUUCUUUUCCUGAUCCUAUAUUGAGGAAAGGCAUUAAGAUAGUAAUUGAAUCCCCACAAGGACUGAAGGGAAAAUUACUUCAGACAUUUGGGAUAAGUGGUACUGGAGAGGUAACAGAAGAUAUGUUCAACAAGUCUACUUGCGGGCCAUCAUGGAAAAGGCUAUUGUUUAGUCUGUGUUUUUUCAAUGCUGUAAUCCAUGAAAGAAAGAAAUAUGGAGCUUUGGGCUGGAAUAUUCCAUAUGAGUUUAGUUUUUCAGAUCUGGAGGUUUCUAUCGAGAUGCUACAGAUACUUCUUGAGAAGCAAGAAGACGUUCCUUGGGCAGCACUCUGUUAUUUAACUGGAGAAGUAGUGUAUGGAGGCCGUGUAACUGAUGACUGGGACCGUCGAUGCUUGCUUAGCAUUCUGAAAAUUUUUUGUAAUCCUUCUUUGCUGGAAGAGAAUUUUGCUUAUACUAGAGACAGUGUAUACAGGCCUAUCUCUGAAGCUGAUACUUUAAACGAGUGUAGAGCAUAUCUACAAACUCUCCCAGAGGCUGAUUCUCCAGAAGUGUUUGGAAUGCACCCAUGUGCUGAAAGAGCGUUCUUAAAAUCUCAAGCACAGAUGUUUAUUGAUGAAAUUGCCAGUGCACAGCCAAAGAGCCUCACAGAUGUCUUCAUAACCAGUGGUGGAAAGACCCAGGAUGAAAUAGUAUUGGACAUGGCAUCUGACAUUCUAAUACGAUUACCACUGACUGUAGAGGAUAGAGGACUGCCAACUGAAACUGAAAGUGCAACAAAUCUUGGUAGCUUUAUGUCAGGCCCUAUUUGGGCUGCUCUUGUGAAUGCCACUAAAGGUCCUGGUUCUUUUAUCAAUGCCCCUUUGAUAAUUGUCUUGCAUCAGGAGAUUGACCAGUUUAAUCAUUUACUGUCCAUAAUAAUUCAGUCAUUACAUGCACUUCAACAAGGUACCAAAGGCAAGAUUAUGUUCACCACAGACGUAGAACAGCUUUAUAACUCACUACUGAAAGGCAAAGUGCCAGACCUGUGGCAGCAACAUUCUUAUGCGUCAUGUAAACCUCUGGGAUCCUGGAUAGAGGACCUCAUUCUGCGACUAAAUUUCUUUGCUAAGUGGGCUGAUCGAGUAAUCACCUGUAUGGAGGCAAGACAUAACUAUUUAGUGAUGCUUCAGAGGCAAACAAGAACACUGCUUAAGCCUGAUGAAGACCCUGACUCCUUUAGUGACAGCAAUCAGGGACACCCCUGUCGUUUUUGGCUUCCAGGUUUCUUUUUCCCACAAGGAUUUCUUACUGCUGUUCUUCAGAAUUAUGCUAGGUUGAAUGAAAUAUCGGUAGAUUGCCUUACUUUUGCGCAUAAAGUUCUUCCAUUUACUCAGAAUAAAGAACAGGAUCUUAGAGGUUUCAAGAGAAAUGAAUAUAUAUUACACAAAGCUUUUCAGGAGUCUUCUGCACCAAAAACAGGGGUUAUAAUUUUUGGAUUAUACAUAGAUGGUGCAUGCUGGAGUCCCACUCAGGAAGUAUUGGAAGACCCUGACAUGCACACAAGAUUUUACCCACUACCAGACAUACUUUUUUUACCACAACAGAUUGCUUCCCAUCCAAGUUUUUGUUACCUAGAGGAUGAAGUCAUGUUUCUACUUUAUGAAUGUCCAUUAUACCAGACACCUCAGAGAUCUGGAAUACUGUCCACUACAGGCAUAUCAUCUAAUUUUGUAACCUCAGUCAAUCUACCAACUCAGCUAACUCCCAGCCACUGGAUAACAAGAGGUGUAGCAUUACUAUGCCAAUUAGAUGACUGA